AUGGUUUCAGUAGUAGCAAGAAAGCUGACCUUGAUCAUAAGAAAGCUGCAGAAAUGCUUUCAUGGCUCGGCAAGAGUUGGCGUCGACGGAGGAAGUUGUCAUCAGAGCGUAGACGUAGACGUCCGGGAAGGGUGUUUCACUAUUCUGGCAGUCAAGAACGAGGAGCCAAUGAGGUUUGUGGUCGAACUCACCAUUCUACAGAAUCCCGCAUUCUUGAGGCUAUUGGAACUCGCCGAAGAAGAGUACGGGUUUCAGCACAAGGGCGCCCUUGCGAUCCCGUGUCAACCCGACGAGCUGAGAAGCAUCCUACAAGACAAGAUUCGAGGCACGGCUUCUGUAUGCUGA